AAUCAGAGAAACAACCAAAUGCAAAAUGUGAAUCAGUCAAAAGAAAUGUUCAGACGUUCACUAAAAAUACGAGAUGAUAUGAUAAGUUCUACUCCGGUAUUACCAUUCAAUUCUACAAUGCCAGAUAAAUUUAAUUCCAUAAAUGGGUUUACCAAUUCGGGUAAUUACUACAAUGUUAAUGGUCACAAAAAUCACCAAAGACUAUUAAAUAUUAACUCUGGCAAUAACUAUUAUCCACCUGCUAGAAUAAACUAUACAAUUAAUACCCAGCAAAAUAAUAAUACUAAUAAUAACAUGAACAAUAACAAUAUGAAAGAUCUUGGUCCUAAUAUUAAAAAACUCUUACGUGUUCAACAAGGUACUAAGCCUGAAGAUAUGUCCUUACGUCCAGCUGCAAAUAGUAUGUUAUGUAAACAAAUUCAAAUAAAGCCACCACCAAUAUCUAUGACUCAUAUAGGUCAAUCAAAUCAGAUAAAGUUAACAGAAGUACAACAAAUUCAGAUUAAACAAAAUUCACACGAUAAACAUAAAAACCUGAAAAAAGAUAAGGGCGUUUCUAAAGAAGAAGCUAUAAAGAAAGGAUUAGAUAUUUUAGAUAAACUUGGCACAGAUCCAUCCAUGGAUGCUAUGAAAGCAGCAAAAGCAUUUUCAGAUAUAAAAGUGCCUGAUCGGUUUUUAGCAGAUGUUAUGUAUGUUCUUCUUUUUGAACGGUUUCGUAAGAGAGUUGAUUUGGAUGAAGAAUUACUUUUCCGUUUCACUCAGGAAACCAARAAACAAAGUAUUAUUUCUGAAUCUAUUGCCAUAGAUUGUUUAAAACGUUUUAUAUUGAAAGGACCGGAGUAUGAGUCUGAUGAUGAUAAAACUUUAUAUAAACGUUUUUCUAAAUAUGCCGCUGAAAUCUGUCAAAACGUAUCUUCUAUAUCAGAACUUGCAGAGGUAUCAGAAAAUGGCAAAAGAUAUCCAGCGUUUUUAAUGGUCUUACAAGAUUUGAAUGAAGUCAUAGGAAAAAAUGAACUGACAACUAUGUUCAAAGAAAGUAAAGUCAAUUUACUAAAUACUCUACCUGAAUCUUUAAGAACAAAAGAACARCUUGCAGAAAUCUUACAAGAACGUAAUUUAACUUUCCUUUUCCCAUUGCUACGUAUACAAUCUGACUUGUGGAAACAAAUUACUAGUGAUCCAAAUCCAACUCAAUUUUAUAAAUGGAUUAAAGAAAAUUUAGAUCCCGUCCAUUAUGUCGAUCCUGGUUUUAUAACAGCGUUGACCACUGUGUUGGUUAAAUUUAUAACACAAGAGGCAAAUAGUACUGAAGUAAAUGUCUCUAAAGCUGAUCUAGAAAAGGAAAAAAGUCUUCUUGAAAAAUUCAAACCAAUUAUGAGAACAUUUUUCGAUGAUCAAAAUGAUCUGCAAAUGAAUGCCAUCUAUGCACUACAAACAUAUUUUUUCUCACUUGAUUUUCCAAAAGGCUUGUUGUUAAGAUGGUUCAAUUUAAUGUAUGAGUUGGAAAUUGUUGAAGAAGAAGCUUUCCUGAAAUGGCGUGAAGAUGUAACAGAUGCAUAUCCAGGAAAAGGCAAAGCAUUAUUCCAAGUAAACACUUGGCUGACUUGGUUAGCUGAGGCAGAAUCUGAAGAUGAAGAAGAUGAUGACGAUUGAAGUUAUAGUUUAACUAAUUAAAUAUCAUUCUAUUCUGGUUUUUGGUUCUCUUGUAGCUUUAAUGUUUGUUUUUUUUUUCAACRUUACUCUUAUUUUAUUUUGUGUGUGCCUCGAUUAUGGAGUUUAAAUCACUUAUACUGCCACCAGUCUUAUGCUAAUAGUAAAAUUAUUAAUUAUGACACUACAUGAAAUAAAUUGACGACCUCUUAUUUAUA